UCCUCAGGAGGGGAUGUCUUGAAUACAACCUGCAGUGCCAGAUCACCUUGUCUGUCGCAUUUCUGUCAAUAACAAAACAGCAGAAAAUAUCCUCACCAUGAGGGUUUAUGCCGCUGCGCUGGCCGCCGUGCUGGCUGUCUCAGCGCAGGCCCAGGAUACCCUGGGCCUGGCAAAUGGCUACAAGAACUUGUCGACGACCAACUUCGACUUUGAUCUGGUGCAGGACGCUCAGGUUCUCUCCUCUAUCCGACCAAGCGGGGGGGGCUUUGACUUCUCUCCUUCCCACUUCCUCCAGUACCGUGCAGCAAAUGGCCAGUACCACGUCGGCGACAUCAACUUCCGCUAUCGCCUGUCCAGCACCGGCGAAUGGAUCGAUGUCAGCACCGCCUCAUCUCGACAGGCAGUCGAGGACGUCUCAUCGACAGAAGCACUGAGUGAGGCUAAUCUCGCGAAGACCCUGCCUGAUUCAUUGCCACUCGACGUUACUCGCAGGUGGACAAACAUUGACGGCGACUUGGGACUGACCUUCACGCUGAACAAUACGAACGAGGAGGCCGUUGAGCUCGGAAGCUUGGGACUGCCAAUCGAGUUCAACAGCAUCUUCUACAACUAUACGACGGACGAAGCACUGGAGAGAUGCUCUCUUAUCGAUCCCUACAUUGGGCUUGGAGCAGGCUACGUCCAAGUGACGCCAACCCGAGGCACUGGCGAUGCGCUCGUCAUCACUCCCCUUGGCGAUACUCAAUUCGAGGCGUGGAAUUUCCUUGAGGAACCCACUGACGGAGAACUUCCAUACCACAGCCAAGUCUUCGAGGGGUUCUACGAGUGGCAGGUCCUGACGAAGGCCCAUGCGGAGCAGGACUGGGCAGAUGUUGAGCCAUGGAACGCGCCAACCUCCAGGACUUUGAAGCCAGGAGAUAGUUGGACGGUCGGGCUACGCCUAUCCCUGGUGAAGGACGGUAUUCGUGGCAUUGGAGACGUGGUCGAGGCUACUGGGACUCCUUAUGCAAUGGGUGUCCCUGGGUAUAUCAUUCCAUCGGACUUGGAGGCAUCACUGUAUAUUUUUACAAACAAAACCGUUGCCAAUAUCACAGCGUCUCCCACCCAGUCGUUCAAUAUUACCGAAGGCAGUGGCAGCAACCUGUGGAAAUUGAAGCCCCAGACCCCAGGCUGGGGCCGUGUUCGACUCUCCAUCACCUAUGGCGACGGCGUUGUGCAGACUGUACAUUACUAUAUCACAGACAGCGCCUCCGAGGCCGUUGGAAAACUGGGCAACUUCUUCACUACAAAGGCCUGGUUCAACGACUCGAGUGAUCCCUUUGGGCGGUCUCCUUCGAUAAUCACGUACGACCGCAUCGCAGAGAAACAGGUAGAGCAAGAUCCUCGCGUUUGGAUAGCAGGCCUGAUGGACGAAGGCGGGUCAGGGGCCUGGCUCGCAACAUUGAUGAAACAGGCAAUACAGCCCGAGCCAGCAGAAAUCACGAAGCUGGAGCAGUUCAUCGAUGAGACUCUCUGGGGCAAUAUCCAAGUAAAGGACAACCAGACCGGUCCAACGAACACCAGCGCCGAUGUCUACGGCGUUCGCAAGAGCGCCUUCUUCUACGAGCCCAGCUAUGUUGCCGACUACGAGUACGAGUCGGAUAUCAACUGGGGUAACUGGUGGAGCUGGAAUCGCGCCGACUCGUACUUGGUGGAUGGCAGAGCGUACAAUUACGUCCAUGUCACUGCGGCAUACUGGGCCAUGUACCGCGUUUCUCGAGCCUAUCCUGACCUAGUGACCUCGCACGACUGGGAAUGGUACUUGAACCAUGCAUACGAGACCGUGAUGCGAUGUUAUGCUCAGGAUGAAUCAGGCACCUACAUUGUGGGAUACGCGCUGGUGGGAUUGAUGGGCGAGACCGUCUGGGGAGAGCUGCUCAAAGACCUUCAACGCGAGAACCAAACGGAGAAAGUGAGCAAGCUGGAAACAGUCAUGCAGGAUCGAGUCGAUUACUGGGAUACGCUUCCUGCUCCGUUUGGCAGCGAACAGGCCUGGGACUCGACUGGCCAGGAGGGCGUGUACUACUGGACACGAUACUUUGGCAACGAUGCUCUAGUGAACAAGACAAUCAACAGCAUCCUUGGAUACAUGCCCACCGUGGCGCACUGGGGAUGGAAUGGCAACGCUCGUCGCUACUGGGAUAACAUCUACGGAGGAAAGCUGCAGCGCAUUGAGCGCCAGAUUCACCACUACGGAUCCGGUCUAAACGCACUGCCUUUACUAUCCCACUUUCGCUACAAUCCGCAAGACACCCACCUGCUUCACGUAGGCUACGGCGGCAUGAACGGGCCACUUUCCAGCAUCGACUCCGGCGGGUUUGCAGCAGCCUCAUUCCAUUCAUGGCCGGACACCCUGGCCUGGGAUGGAUACAGUGGAGACUAUGGCCCCAACUUCGUUGGUCUGGCGCUUGGCGCUGCGGUUUAUCUUGUCGAGGACCCGAAGCUAGGGCAGGUCGUCUACGGGGGAAAUAUCAAAUCGAACGAGUCUACUGUUGUCGUCGCUCCUCGCGAUGCAGUGAAGCAUCGUGUCUAUAUCGCACCCCUCUCGCUCUACAUCACGAUUGAUGCUGGCGCAAUCGAGGAGUUCGAGUACGAUGCUGGCAAGAGUACUGUUUCCUUGAUCAUUGCGUCAAAGUCAAGCGCCGCUCCGGAGACAGCUGCAGAUGCUUCAGCUGUGGUUGUUUGGCUAGAAGAUCUGAGUGGUUCUCAGACGUACACUCUUGAUGGAGAAUACACAGAGGAACGGGGUGGCUUUAAGGUGCCUCUUGGUAAAAGUUCUGCUACGGUCACUGUUGGGUCGAGUUUAUCGAAACAGUAUUUUAAGGACAGGUAGUCUAGUGCUAUUUCUGGGAAAGGCACUAGGUAGAGAGUUGACAGAGGCCUGCGGGAUGGAGGCGAAACAGAAGUUCCAUAACGGAGAGCCGACAGUCUAUCCAGGCACCAGGGCGCCAACCGACUGGAUGGGUUGAUUAUUAGGAUGCUACAGGCCUAUGCACAUAUCAGUGCUACUUUUUGAAUAAUUCUUCAAUUGUUAUUAUUUACCCCUAUGUUAAUACUAGUGCCUAGCCCUUAGUGGGAGAUAUCUAUACGAGUUCUUUGUCCUGAGAUUAGCGCCUUUUACUACCCG